ACCAGCUCAGCUCUUUUUCUCUCUCUGUCUCUGUGCCUUCUUCUCUAAAGAAAGAUACCUUUUCUUCUCUAAAGAGGUGAGGCAGAGAAUCAAAAGGGUUUGUUUUUUGUGAAAUGGAUGCUAACGGUAGUACUGACAUGGUAGCGCCAUUCGUCGCUAAAACUUAUCAGAUGGUGAAUGAUCCGAUUACUGAUGGUUUGAUCACUUGGGGUAAAGCUAAUAAUAGUUUCAUAGUCGUCGACCCUUUGGAUUUCUCUCAAAGGAUCUUGCCUGUUUACUUCAAGCACGGCAAUUUCUCUAGCUUCGUUCGCCAGCUCAAUACUUAUGGAUUCAAGAAGGUGGAUCCGGAUAAGUGGGAGUUUGCGAGCGAAUGGUUCUUGAGAGGGCAAAAGCAUUUGUUGAAGAACAUAGUGAGGAGGAAGCAUAAUAAAAUUCCAUAUGUGCAAGUGAAAGCCGAUGAUUUAGACGACGAAGAAAUAGUGAUGGAAAUAGCGCGGCUAAAGGAGGAGCAGAAGUCGUUGGAACAAGAGCUGCAAGGGAUGAACAAGCGUUUAGAGGCCACCGAGAGGCGGCCGGAGCAAAUGAUGGCGUUCCUCCACAAAGUCGUCCAAGACCACGAUUUGCUUCCCCGUAUGAUGCUCGAGAAGCAACGCACACGGCAGCUCAAAGCCAACAAGAAGCCGCGGUUGACCAUGAUGCCGAACUCAUCAUAUUCACCAUCUUCGAGCAUCGCCGUCUCUAAUAACGAUUCCGUGAAAUCGGAGGAGGAAGAAGACGGUCACCCGGGAGCCGCCGCUUCUCCGGAAAUUGAUUUUUUUCCCUCUAGUUAUCAAUCGUCGCCGUCGCCCGAUCAGGAUUCGAAGGAAUUGUUGGGGCCGCAAAAUAUACAACUGAUGAACUACGGUUGCGCCACGGGAACGAGUCAAUUACCGGUGGUUCUGGUGGCUCCGACGGUGAUUGGAAACGGCAUGGUGAUGUCGCCGUCGGGGACGAGUAACGUAGUUGGGUAUGGUGAUAGAAAUGGGCAAGUGGGUUAUUUCGGAGAAAUGGCGGCGGCAUGGGUGGAGGCGCGUACACAACCGCCUUAUCCAUUUUCACUAUUAGAGUGUGGCUUUUAGUUAGCUGCUUCACAUGAUAUAUGUUGGAUUCUAUCUUUAGUAUACUGAUUUUUGCUUUUAGUAUUA